AUGAUUAAAAUACAAAACAGAGGUCAUUUAAAGAGUACGUGGUGGUUAUUAUUUGUUAUACCUAUCGCAUCCGCCGGCUUUGCCUGCCUCAAUAAUCCUUGUAUACACGGGAUAUGUAUUGAUGAUAUAAAUAGUUUUAGCACAUAUUUAUGUUAUUGUAUUGAUGGAUACACGGGUGUUCAAUGUCAAACGAAUUGGGAUGAAUGCUGGUCAAGUCCUUGCCAGAACGGUGGCACUUGUAUUGAUGGCGUGGCGACUUACAACUGUUCUUGCCCUGAUGGCUUCAUUGGCGAUAAUUGUGAGACAAACUACAACGAAUGCGAUUCAAACCCGUGCUACAACAAUGGUACAUGCAUUGAUAUGACUAAUGAGUACGUAUGUCACUGUAUACCCGGCUUUUCCGGAGAUCAUUGUGAGUUAGAUGUAGCAGUUUGCAAUUCAACGGGAGAAAUCAGAUGUCAUAACGGCGGCGAAUGUAUUGAGGGUCCCGGGUUCAAAUUUUAUUGCAAAUGUUCCGCUGGAUGGACCGGACAAAAAUGUGAGGACCAGAUCGAUGAAUGUGAAUCGAAUCCGUGUAGGAAUGGUGGCAUAUGCAUCGACGCUCAUGCAGAUUACAUGUGCGCCUGCACAUACGGUUACACUGGUAAAAGCUGCGAGGUGGCAAUAGAAUUUUGCUCCCAAGACUCCUGCAGUGACAAGGCUUUAUGUGUUUUGGAGGACGGGCUGCGAGUGUGUUACUGUGUGCCCGACUAUCACGGGGAACGAUGUGAACUGCAGUAUGACGAGUGCGCGCUAGGACCAAGAUGCCUGAACGGCGGGACGUGUAUUGACGGCGUUGAUAAUUUCACAUGCUCAUGCCCACCAAGACUUACAGGAUCUCUUUGCGAGUGUCUUAUUUUGGAUGACGGAAAUUAUGAUUGUGAAUAUAUUCGUCCAACUCUUCUACCAGACCAUACUACAGCUACUCCUUCCUACACUGAUAUCGUAAUAAUAGACACAAGUACUGUGGAAUCGAAAUAUAAUACAAGCACCACCACUAGCCUCAGUACUAUCGAUAGCGGCGCUACUAUUGAUAUUACUACUACAGAAAUACAAAUAUAUACGAAAUUAGAUAAUGUUACGGACAUACCAAUAACAGCUUCUAGUACAGAUGCAACAGUAACAGAAAGUCUAAGAACAAGCACAGAAAUAUAUGAAACGUCAACUGAUUUGUUAACUUCAACAUCAAGUUCAACAUCUCAAUUAACAACUAAAGAGGAUUCAGUUACAGAAACAGUAACAAUUCUGAUAGAAACGAAAGGCACUCUAGGAACUGAUGAUUCUAAGGUAGAAACAACAGAAUGUAGUGGAUCGUGUACAAAAGGAAAUACUUCCACUAGUGAUUUACCUACAACUAUACCUUCAAUAGAAACACCCGAAGUAACGGAAUUAAUCACUACAACAGAAAUGACUAAACAAACAACAGAUACAACAGUUGAUUUUAAAGAAACAACAAAGCAAAUGAGGUCAGAUACCACGGAAUAUACUCAUCAUGCACAAGAUUUGACAACAGAAAAAAUGUUCACCGAUAGUCCUGUUGAGACAACAGAACUUACAAUAGAAUCAACAAAUCCAAUGACAGAAAUCGAAAUAAAUACGGCUCAUAAUGAAAUAUCAACAGUACAUUCAGAUUGCACUGACGUCAUGUGCAAUAAUCACGGCAGUUGUAUAAACACUCUUCAUGGCGUUAGAUGUCACUGUCUGUUCAAUUACGAAGGAAGAUUUUGUGAGACCAAAAUUAUUGUUAAUUCUGCCGCGUUUGAUGGCACUUCUUAUAUAGCGCAUCAUAUAAAAAAUUCUACUAGUAUUUCCAUAACAUUCAAAGCUAAAACUCUUAUCCUUGAUGGAGAAGUUAUGUACGUGGAUAUAGCUAAAGGCGCUUACAUGAAAUUAUAUAUGAAUUCUGGUUUAUUGAGAUUCGAAUUCUCCUGUGGCUAUCAGACAAUGCUGUUAAGCGAACUUAAAACUCACGUUAACAGAGGAUAUAUCAUGAAAAUUGAAACAAGAUUAGACUUAUUCUUAUCUGAAAAUCAUUGCAACGGAACCCUAAGACUUAAUGAUACUGUGGCUAUGAGCGGAGGCCAGUUUGCAAAUAUUAGUUCUCCCGAGUAUAAUUCGAUUCUCUAUUUCGGGAACAAACCUUAUAGAAAUAACUCUAAUGAGAAGUCUUUUAUUGGAUGUAUCAAGGACUUAAUUAUAAACGAUGAGAGACGUGAAAUAUUUAGCGACGCAUACGAAGCGUCUGAAGUGAGGGAAUGUUCUUCUUUAUCUUGUUUGUCAUCGCCGUGUGUGAACGGCGGUACUUGUCAUGAUGAUGACGAUACUUACUCCUGUGCUUGUGCCAAUGGUUGGACGGGCCCCACUUGUAAUGACUCCGUCUGUGACCACAAUCCUUGUCAGUCUGGUGGAAGUUGUGUUCAACACCCUGGGAGCGGAUUUCUGUGCCUUUGUCCAUAUGGGAAGCACGGCAUAUUCUGUGAAUAUAAUGUGGAAAUAACACGUCCGUCGUUAUCGCCUAUAUCCCCUGGAAAGUCUUCGUACGUUAUUUACCAAAUGCCCCAGUCGGCAGCUAAUUCAGAUCGUUUUGAGAUGCGUUUACGUUUUCAAACUUCCGAUAUGGAUCAAAUAGCGUUGCUCGCGUUCGUUGGACAAAGAGGGAGACAUGAUGCCAGGAGUCAGCAUUUAGCUUUGACCUUUGUGAAGGGAUAUAUUAUGCUGACGUGGAAUAUGGGCGCUGGACCUCGACGUAUUUUCACGUCACGUCCUUUGGGUGCACGGCGUGGGGGACACACGGUGCGAAUUUGGAGACGAGGCAGAACAGCUGGACUUGUGGUUGAUGGAAGGUAUAAUGUAUCAGGGAAUGCACCAGCUCACACCAACAAUAUGACAUUACUACCGUACAUCUAUAUUGGCGGUCACCCAUCCGAUGACUUCCGCGACCUGCCGCAUGACCUGCCAUUGCACAGCGGGUGGUCGGGGUGUGUGUUGGAGGUCACGGGUCAGUCAGGGGGGCGCGGGGUCGGCGGGCGGGGGGCGGGGCAGUGUGGGGUCACUCAGUGCACCGCCAAGUCCUGUAACGCACCCCGCGGGGUCUGUAUACACUCACCCGCCACUUACGGAUGCAUCUGCAAUGAAGGCUGGUUCGGUGCGACGUGCGCCAGCCCUCACAGUCCGUGUGAUCGAUCGCACUCCCGCUGCCAGGGCGCCUGUGUCAUUACACUCACUGACGCACACUGUGACUGCCCUUACGGCAAGUCUGGACCUCGCUGUGAUCAAGAGUUAAUACCAAUCGAUGUUCUAUUCACCGGCGCUAGAUCCUAUCUGAAGCUAAAAGCGAGAUCUAUUUCUAGCGUUAGCUUAGCUCUGGAAGCUGAAAUCAAACCUCAGAAGGAAAGGGGAUUGAUUGUAUUCGUUGAAACGCCGCAUUUCUAUACGUCGCUUUCGAUUCAGGGUGGAUUGUUGGAGUAUAGAUGGACGGAUCAUCUGUCCGGUCUGACGUCACUCGUCCGGUCGGGGGUGGUAGUGUCCGUAUCACAGUGGCAUGGAGUGAGGGCCGGUCGCUAUGGCAACCGUCUGUAUGUGUGGGUAGACGGCGCUCUUAAUACGGAACCAAUGCUGGCUCACGCCUACCCACACACGGCUAGUGGUAUGAGAGAUCUGUCCGAACUACCGUUCGACGUUAUGUCCGGACCGCCUGAAUCAUAUAGCGGCUGCUUUAGGAACUUUCAUCUGAAUAAUAUAUUGUUGCCGCUCGAACAACAAAAUAUAGAAGAGGGUCAGAACGUGUUGGCGUGCGAGGGCUCUAGUUGCGGCGCUCGCUGUAGACGGGCGGCGUGUUCCCGCGACACGUGCGCGGGGACGUGCCGCCGCGGACGGUGUGUGUGUCCGGCGGGACGGGCGGGGGUCACAUGCAGGGAACACAUAAACAUAACAAUACCUCAAUUCGGAGGGGACGCAAUGUUGACACUCAGUGGGAGCGAUCGUCGAGAACAAUUAAUUGAAGCGUCGCCCACUCGAAUAAAACUGAACUUCAACACCGCCGACCCGAACGGGCUCAUACUUUGGAUCAAUACGGGUAUAGACUAUUUCGGCGUUGGUCUCGAGAACGGAUAUAUUAAACUUAGUUGGUCUGUACAUUGUAACAAUUCAAGUGGUCAAACUACGAAAGACUAUUUUCCGUUACCACCAAAACUAACUUCAACAUUGGUCAGUGCGGGCUUCAUGGCGGAUGGAGAGUGGCAUUCGAUAGCAUUGACACUAAGACAUAAUAUAUCUUUAUCUAUCGACGAAAAGUUAUUCGUUGAUCAAGAAUGCUAUCAAAUUGAAGACAAUGAUGACACUGAAUUGUUUAUAGGUGGCGUAUCCGAGGAAGAUGUUAUCGCAAAACAAUUAUAUCCCCAAAAUUUUAAAGGUUGCAUCGACAAAAUAUCAACGAAAACCGAUUUUUAUUUGACCAACUAUUCCGAAAUGCACAGUGAGAAUUUAAAAUCAUGUCUAUUGUUCCCAAUAGUUGGGACGUAA